AUGUCGCCUCUAGCUGCAGGUUCCUCGCUGAGCCCCUUGAAGCCUGCGCGCUCCAGCUCGAAUUCACUCAAGCUCGAGUCGCUUUCUCCGGAGCCGAGUAUACGGAAUGUCGACUACUCGUCUGACAUCGAUGCUCAGGACAGCGGCAGCGCAAGCGAUUCGACGUUGGAAGACUUGGACGCGGUGCUGAACCAGUAUGACUUUGGGUACCCGUUGGAGCGGAUGCCUGUGCUACCACGAAGGACAUCCUCGCCCUUCGCUGUCUCGGAGGAGGAGGAAAUGGACGAUGCGUACUUCAGCGAGUACUCUGAAUCAGAGUGCUCGACGUCGUCGAGCAUUAUAUAUGAUAUAGACUUUGAAUCGGUGGUAGAUGACUUGCUGGCGGAGCAAGCGUUCGAGCUACCCAAGCUUCGGAAAUUCAUCAUGGUCGAACCCUCCGCCCCCUCCGCCCAAGAUGCAUUCAUGAUUCGCGUGCUCCCAACCUGCUCAAAACAGAAGGAGCUAGAAAUACUCCUUUCGCUUAACGAGCACGAGCCGAGAUUAGAUCCGUGGAACCCUGUCCCACACUUGCUCUCCGUCGUCGAACGGGAUAGCAUUCAGAGGAACAGAGGUGUGGGCGGGCUUGCGGAGGAUAUCGGCGCAGUGUCAUUCGUGUGCUUGGAAUGGUUGAGCAAGUACAACGACCCGCCGUUCGCCACAGUCGCCAAUUACAUCGACUUCAUAAGGCAGGCUUUGGAGGGCCUGACCUUCCUCCACGAACAACACAUAACGUCACUCAAUUAUGGGACGACUGACUCGUUUAUGGUGGAUAUUGGGCAACGUAACGCGUGGAUGGCCCUGAACGGUGCGCCCACGCCAGCAACAGCAGUACACCAAUCCGGUGCCGAGUCCCCAACCGAGGCCCAAGAUCCCCCCGCCGCACCUAUAUUCGAUCGCACGCGGUACCCGGUCCGAUACUACUACACAGACUUUGCCUUGGCCACGAUUAUCCCUCCUUCAUCUCCGCACAGGGACCUCUUCAAAAAGGACGUCCAGGAUUGCGGGAAGAUGAUUGAGAGCCUGCUCCAAGAGAUGGAGGUCCCGCAGGUGGCUUCGAAGAUGAAGGCCCUAGUAAAUGCGAUGUCGUCAGGGACGUUUGGCGCGGAUGAUGCGAGGAAGUUGUUUGAGGCGCUCUGUCAGAGUCUGGAGGCUGGGUUGUUUGAGUACGAGCUUGCGAAGAGGUGA